AAAUAGAGAAAGAAGAAAACGGAGCGGGAGUAAAGAAGUAGGAGAGUCGAACGCCUGUGAUCCAAACCAUGUAAACAGAGGAAAUGCUUUCCGUCUGUCAGCAAAGAGGUGUUUUUGUUUCAUCGUGUUUUUUCUAUUACUCCAGCUGCUACAAUAAAUGGAGCUGAUUUAAGUGACAUUAAGUGGCAGUCAUGGCUGAGGAACCAGCAGCAGAAAUCCAGCUACUCAGAAGCCAGAAGGUCAAGCUAAUAGAAAUUCUAAGUGCAGAUGCCGACUUUGUCCUGCAGCAUGCAGACUCUCGCCGUCUGCUGUCUCCUCACGGCUACCAGCAGGUGAAAGCUUGCCGUGUUCCUAGUGAGAAGGUGACAGAGCUGCUGGAUCACAUCAUCCAGAGAGGGCCCGAAGCAGCACAGGGUCUGCUGGAACUAAUGAACGACCAAGCCCUGCAGGAAACCUUCCCAAUGCUUCGCUUUAUCAAGGAUCUGCAAGUCAACACACCGUCUUCAGGUUUUCUCUAUUUACAAGGAAAAAAAGAAACAUCAAGAAAGAAUAAAAGAGGUCCUGAUUUACAAGAGACCAUUCCAUCCAAACAGAUCUGUAACAAUGGCUCUCGCUUAGUUAAGGAGAAGCAGCUGAUGACUGUGGCUCGUACCAUUGGCAGAUCUUGGAGGGAGAUUGGCAGACUGGCUCUGGACGUCCCCUCUGUGAAGCUGGAACAGAUUGAAGAGGACCAUUCGCUCCAUGUGGAGCGAGUAUUUGCGAUGCUGCGCUACUGGCGUACCAGUCAGAGAGACAAAGCCACCGCAGCUCACCUGCACUCCCUGCUCAGUCAGGAAGACUGGGCGCUGCCACCUGAAAGCAUUGAUUUUCUGUUGGAGACCGACUGAGGCCUUCACUCUCUGGUACUUGCUGAGACUGAAACCCUUUUUGAAGGGUUUUUACUGGAAAUGAGUGUUUCUCAUCACAGACACUUUCAUUCCACAUCAGGAAAAAACAAAACUUGAAGACUUUGCUAUUUUAUGGAAUUACCCCACAGUACCAUGUAGUACUAUUGAGACAUCUUGUUCAAGAUCAAUGUUCAACUUAUGCUACUUUUAUGACAGAGCAGCUUUUAUUACAAUAAUAUAAAAAACUGAGUUUUGUUUUAUGAAAUUUCUUUGAAAGAGGUGUUUUUAUUUUCUGUUGAUAGUGUCUGUGGUAAUGGUUUUUUAUUCUCCUUACAUUCAAGGAUUUACAUUUAAUUUUAAUGUAAGUACAUUUGGGCAUUUUUAUGUUUUAACAUUUUGCUCAACUCAACAUUUAAUAAAUGUUCAGUUUGUUGGAGAAAAUGUAAUUUUCUCUGAAUGUGCAGGUGAUUAGGAGUCACAACAGUUUAGCUGACAUGUUUUUUGAUCUACAUAGCUUGGUCUUUACCUUACAUCUUGGUGUGUCACAAGCAAUCUGUGACACAGUCUGUAGAGAUAGCGGCUCUUGACAUCAUGUAAUGGAGGGUAGACAAGUAGUGUCUUAUGUUCCACAACACACUGAAUAAACUUAUACCCCAG